GAUCGGCGUUGAUUACUCUCCCCUGAGCGAGGAAGGCCUUGCCUUGAUGGGAGUUUAGUGAGCUUGCCGUUACACUUUGUCUAGUUUUUCAGCAUCUUGGGUCUAUCGUUUUAAUACAAACCAUGGCUGACGACGAGUUAGAGGCAAUCAGACGGCAGAGGAUGGCGGAACUACAGGCAAAGCAAGGGAAUGCUUCAGAUAAUCAGCAGGGAGAAGAGGCCAAACAAAGAGAAACAGACAUGAGGAACUCCAUACUGGCUCAAGUUCUUGAUCAGUCUGCUCGUGCCAGGUUGAGCAAUCUUGCAUUAGUGAAGCCAGAAAAGGCCAAUUCAGUUGAAAAUUAUCUCAUCCAAAUGGCUCGUUUUGGGAAGUUGGGAGGAAAGAUUUCAGAAUCAGGCUUAAUUGAAAUCCUAGAAAAAGUCAGUCAGCAAACAGAGAAAAAGACGACGGUUACAUUCAAUAGACGGAGGGUGAUGGACUCUGAUGAUGAAGACGAUUACUAACUUUGAACUGGAGCCCUGGAACAAGGCAGGAAAUAGGGGAGGAUACGCUGGGACUCAUCAUCUCACGCGUCUCUGACAAGUGUGUUUCUUUUGGAUAAAUGCAGCGAUGCCACACUAUCUUCUGUGUGCCUCUGGAAACUAAACAGCAAGAGAGAAAAACAAUUAUAUAAGUUGACAUUGUGAUGUACCUGGUGGUGGGAAGCAGUAGAACAUACACAAUAAAAUAAUAUCCUUUUGUGGUAUUCAAUUAUUGAAAAUCCCACUACUUGCCUUGUACCUCUGACAACUCAUGACACUGUUUGACUCAGUAUGUAGAUUUUUUUUUCUUUUAUUUCACUGGUUCAUGCAUUGAUUUAUAUAUACAUCGAUUCAUACAUUAAAAAAACUAGAUAAAAGGCUAAACUUACUGCUGUUGAUGCAUUUUAUCUCAACUGUUCUGUGGAUACAUUGUUUUCUAUUCAGGGCCAGCAUCUCAUAGAAUGUUUCCCUCUGAUUUUUCUUUCAUUAUUAGCUUAUGUAUCUUAUACAAUAGCUUUGUAAAAAAUAAAAAUAAAAAGCCUUAAAACUUUG